UUGCUAAGCGACGGAGACGCUCAGACUGGAGGAGAAAUGGUGGAUUAGCUUUAGCGAUGUUUCUGUAAAUUCUGGGUGUUUCUGGCGGUUUCUGGCUGCAGAUUCAGCUCGGAGAGGAGGAAACCUGGGAAUGAUGGAUAACAGCGCAAAAAGUCCAGUAUACACUAACCACAUCCUGUGAACUGUCUGGCUGGUCAAUGGCUGGCUGAUUGGAUAGUCUUGAAUCCCAAGAUGGCCUCUGAGUCUGUGAAGGUGGUCAUUAGAUGCCGGCCUCUGAAUGACCGGGAGAAGGCUCUUAACUGUAAGAUGGUGGUGUCUGUUGACACCGGCUGCUGUCAGUGCUUCAUUGAGAAACCGGAAGCUUCUGAGGAGCCACCCAAACAAUUUACAUUUGAUGGGACUUACUUCAUCAAUCAGACGACUGAGCAGAUGUACAACGAGAUUGCGUAUCCUCUGGUUGAGGGAGUUACAGAGGGAUACAAUGGGACAAUCUUCGCUUAUGGACAGACUGGGAGUGGUAAAUCGUUCACCAUGCAGGGUGUGGCGGACCCUGCAGCUCAGAGAGGGGUCAUACCGAGAGCUUUCGAGCAUAUAUUUGAGACCAUUCAGUGUGCAGAAAACACUAAGUUCCUGGUGCGGGCCUCUUACCUCGAGAUCUACAAAGAGGAAAUAAGGGACCUUCUGGGGAAAGACAGCAAACUGAAGCUGGAGCUGAAAGAGCAUCCAGAGCGCGGUGUGUACGUGCGAGAUCUGUCCAUGCACACGGUGCACAGCGUGGGGGAGUGCGAGCGGAUCAUGGAGCAGGGCUGGAAAAAUCGCUCAGUGGGAUACACACUCAUGAACAAGGACUCCUCUCGCUCCCACUCCAUAUUCACCAUCCACCUGGAGAUCUGCAAGACAGAUGCUGCUGGUGAAGACCACUUAAGAGCAGGCAAGCUCAACCUGGUGGACCUGGCCGGCAGUGAACGACAGUCCAAGACCGGUGCCACAGGUGACCGUCUUCAGGAGGCCACUAAAAUCAACCUGUCCCUGUCCGCCUUGGGUAACGUCAUCUCAGCACUGGUGGACGGUCGAUCCAAGCACAUCCCGUACCGCGACUCUAAGCUGACUCGGCUGCUGCAGGACUCUCUGGGGGGUCACACACGCACCCUCAUGGUGGCCUGCCUCUCUCCUGCGGACAACAACUACGAGGAGAGCCUGAGCACCCUGCGCUACGCCAACCGCGCCAAGAGCAUCCAAAACCGGCCCCGCAUCAACGAGGAUCCGAAGGACGCACUGCUGCGAGAGUACCAGGAAGAGAUUAAGCAGCUACGGGCACUCAUCUCUGGCCAGCUUGGCACCGACAACCUAAGCUCUUUCUUAGCAAGUCAGACAUCAGAGGGGACUCUCGCUGUCCAGUCCAGACCCCAGAGCAGUACUGUGGAGAGUGAAGCUGAAAAGGAGAAGAUUAAGCAGGAGUAUGAAGGCAAGAUUGCCAGGCUGCAAGCAGACUACAACGCUGAGCAGGAAUCCAAAGCCAAGCUACAGGAGGACAUCACUUUCUUGAGAGAAUCCUAUGAGUUCAAGCUUUCCAGUCUGGAGAGGUUCAGAAGUGAUCGGCCACAUAAGACAGGAGAUACCUCUAACAAAGAGGAGGCAAUUUCUGUUAAUGAGUCAACACCCAAGGCUUCAGACCCAAUCCAAGAUGGACUCAAGGAGGAUGAGCACUCAGGCGGCAUCAGAGGGGGUCCUGAGGGAAAGCUAGUGCUUGUUGCCACGCCAAGCCCACUGGACCAGCAACAUGUUUUGGAGAGGCUUCAGCAGCUAGAGCAGGAGUUUGUUGGGGGAGAGCAGUCCAGGAAUGAGGAGCUGAGACAGCGGAGGAGGCAGCGGAAGAGUCUAGCCAAUCAGAGGAAGAAGCAGCUGAUUGACGCACUGAAGCAGGGCAGCGAGGAUGGGGACAGUGUGCUGCUUAAUGUGUACGACUCCAUUCAGGAGGAGGUUCAUGCCAAGAACAAACUGCUGGAGGGUACACAGAACAAGCUCAAAGCUGCCAAGCUGGAGAUCCGGGACUUGCAGGCAGAGUUUGAGACAGAGCGGGACGACUACCUGGCUAGCAUCAGACGUCUGGAGCGUGAGACGCAGCUGCAGCAGGCUAUCCUGGAACGCAUGGUGGGUCUGGUGCGCAGAGACUGCAACUACAGCAACCUGGACCGUUUGCGUAAAGAGGCAGUUUGGGAUGAGGAGAGUGGUGUGUGGAGAGUUCCUGAGGUGCUGGUGCAGAAGACAGCACUGCCUGCAGCAGUUCCUCCUUCAGCCAUGAGCAGCUCCUCAAGACUCCCAGUACGCAGGAACUCUGCCUCGGACACAGGAGAGCAUUUUAUGGAGGAGGAGGACCGCUAUAAGGAGAUGCUGAACCGGAGUGACAGCGAGCACAUUGCUAGUAACUACUUUAGGAAGAAGAGAACGAGUCCACUUUUUGUGGGAGAGCCUAGCAAGGGUCUGGUGGCAGGUAACGGACCAUCCCACCCGACCACCAGCGGCUCCAGCCUCACAGCUGAGGGCCUCCUGCCCCGUCCCUUCCGCCUGGAGUCUCUGGGCAUCCUGCCUGUCAGUGGCAAAGCCAAGCGCAAGAAGAACAAAACCCAGAUCCUGUGUGAUGGUAACUGACUGGUGAUGAUUUUUUUGUUUGUUUUUUUGCUUGUGUCUUCAGGGAUACCCCAUGUGGCUGACAUUUGUGCCCUUUGUAAUAUCAGAGCUGUAGAGCUCAAACUUUGCUGCUAUAGAGCUGCUUUUUAUUUUAAGUGCAGACUGAAAGUUUUAGUUAUUGCUUGGAUUAUUAUUAUUUUUUUUUUUUGUAGAUAUUCAACAGUCACUAUAUCAUCGCUAUUGGAUCAUUUUGCCACUUUCUCCUUUUAUAUAAUGUGAAUCUGGCAGUGGUUUUUCAUAUUGUCAAAAUUUCAAUGUAAAUGGUCCAAUAGAAAAGCUCUAAAAUUACAUACAUUGGAAAGUUAAAGUGAAAGCCAGAAGUUCUUAAUCAAGGUUUUCUUUCUUUCUUUAAUUUAUUUUUUACAUUGUAGAUUAAUAUUGAAGAUAGGAAAAUAAUAAAAGGGACACAUAUGGAAUUAUGUAAUAAACAGUAAAAAAAAGUGUUUGUCCUCCACAAUCCCCUGAUCUAAACCUGUUUAACUGAGAUUUGAGGUGAUUUGAGGUGAUUUAAUUGGGAUGAGCUGGAGCUUCACAGCGUGAAGGAAAAACAGCAACUAUUAUUCAGCACCUCCAGGAACUCCUUCAAGACGCUGAGAAAACUAUUCCAGGUGACUCUACCUCAUGAAGACACUGAGAUUAAUACUGAGAUGUGCAGAUCUGUCCUCAAAGAUAAAUGUGCUACUUAGAAGAAUCUAAAGUAAAAAACAUAUUCUGAUUGUUUAACAUUGGAGAUUGUUUAACAUUAACAUGUUUACAGAAUAUAACAGAUUAUGUUCCUGUAUAGCUUUGAUGUCUUCAAUAUUAAAUUUACAAUGUAAAAAUAUCAUGAAAAAAAAGAAAACACAUUGAAUGAGAAGAGGUGUGUCCAAACUUUUGAUUGGAACUGUAUCUGUGAAAGUGAUUUUAUCACUGUGAAUUAAUGAAGGGUCAUAAACGUAUACUUCCUAAUAUCAAUGCUACCUAAUAUUAUCUACAUGCACUCAUAUUUUAUUAGUACUAUUUUGCCCUUACCCUUAAUGUGAAUGGGUCAACCAUGUGAAUGUUAUAUAUGUAUAUUUCUUCAAAAUGUGUAUUUUCCUAGACUGAAUGAAUAAAAUAAAAUAAAAAGUUUAGUCAUACAUUUAUUAAGAAA